AUUUUUCUAUACCAGUGCCACACUUACCAUAGCCUUCACCUCUGCAGACACAGCCCUGCUGCUCUUCCUGGCCAUGCCCAUGCUCACCGUCGGGGGAAUCCUGUUUCUCAUCACUAACCUGCAGAUUGGGAACCUGUUUGGCAAACACCGUUUGACCAUCAUCACCCUGUACAAUGGAGCAUUUGACUCUUCCUCAGCAGUCUUCCUCAUCAUUAAGCUUCUUUAUGAACAAGACGUCAGCCUCAGGGCCUCCUUCAUCUUCCUCUCCGUCUGUAGUGUCUGGCAUGUUGGGCGUACUUUCCUCCUGAUGCCCCGGGGGCACAUCCCCUACCCACUGCCCCCCAACUACAGCUAUGGCCUGUGCUUUGGGAACAGCACCAUAAAGGAAGAGAAGAAAACAGCUGAGCACGAAAAUGUGGAGCUGCAGUCGAAGGAGUUCCUUUCACCAAAGGAAGAGAUCCCAGGACCAGGCCAGCAGCAGAAACCGCGGUCUUUCUGGAGCUGCGCUUUCUCUCGGCGCUUUGCCUGGCACCUGGUGUGGCUGUCUGUGAUACAGCUGUGUCAUUACCUCUUCAUCGGCACCUUCAACUCUCUGCUGAGCAACUUGGCCAGUGGGGACAGGGUGCUAGUGAGCACCUACACAAAUGCCUUUGCCAUCACUCAGUUCUUCGGAGUGCUGUGCGCCCCCUGGAAUGGGCUGCUCAUGGACAAGCUUAAAGAGAAGUACCAGAAGGAAGCACAAAAGACAGGUUCCUCCACCUUGGCGGCGGCCCUCUUCUCAGCAGUGCCUUCACUGGCCCUGACGUCUCUGCUGUGCCUGGGCUUUGCCCUCUGUGCCUCCGUCCCCAUCCUCCCCCUCCAGUACGCCACCUUCAUCCUGCAGGUGAUCUGCCGCUCCUUCCUCUACGGGGGCAAUGCUGCCUUCCUGACCCUUGCUUUCCCUCCAGAACACUUUGGAAAGCUCCUUGGGUUAAUGAUGGCCUUGUCGGCCAUCGUGUCCCUGCUCCAGUUCCCCAUCUUCACCCUCAUCAAAGGCCCCCUCCAGAAUGACCCACUCUAUGUGAAUGUGAUGCUAGUGCUUGCUACUCUUCUGACCUUAGUCCAUCCCUUCCUGGUGUACCGGGAGUGCCAGCCUAGGAAGGAAAGCCCCUCUGCAAUCGCGUAGUUCAGAAGCCCUCGCUGUGCAGCCCUGAGGAUGUCUGCUAAUCGUUCCCCACCUUUGAAGACCCUGUGUUCAGAAAGACUUUGCCUGCCCAGGC